AUGUUGUUAAGAAGUGUUAUAUGGCAAAGCGGGAAUGACUGGAAAGUUUUGCGGAAGUUUGUUCUGCAGACACUUAGAGAAUUUGGCGUUGGGAAAACAUCUUUAGAACAAAAAUUCAUCAGCGAGGUUGACGCUGCUUAUGACGUUCUCUACGCCACCAAUGGAAAGCCGUCGGACAUGCGACUUCUUACGUCAAUGACGAUCAGCAAUGUUAUUUAUGGAAUCGUUUUCACGCCACGAGUGAAAAUGACUUUUUUUUGGUGCUCAAGAGAAUUUGGCGUUGGGAAAACAUCUUUAGAACAAAAAAUCAUGAGCGAGGUUGACGCUGCUUAUGACGUUCUCUACGCCACCAAUGGAAAGCUGUCGGACAUGCGACUUCUUACGUCAAUGAUGAUCAGCAAUGUUAUUUAUGGAAUCGUUUUCGCAAAAAGGUUUGACUACAAAGAUGAAAAGUUACACGAAAUAAUCGAAAACCUGGAUAAGAUAUUCCAGGGAGGUGGUGUAUUGUCCCUUGAAGGGGUGCUGCCAAAAUUUCUUCUUAAGCUUUUCAACAAAGAGGCUUACAAAAGUAUGCAGAAUCGCCUGCGUACACUAACAUGGAUAAAAGAACAUAUUUACGGCGAGAUAGGCGACCAUGAGAGCACGUUUGACAACGACAACAUACGAGAUUUCAUAGAUUUGUAUCUGCAAGCAAAGAUUCAACACUCUGAUGAAAGUAUUUUCAACAGUAAGUAUUGA